AUGACGCUUUAUCUACUCGGUUUACUAUUCACGGGAUGGGCGGAGUGGGAGGAGGAGGAGGAGAAGGAGGAGGAGGAGGAGGAGGAGGAGGAGGAGGAGGAGGAGGAGGAGGAGGAGGAGGAGGAGGAGGAGGAGGAGGAGGAGGAGGAGGAGGAGGAGGAGGAGGAGGAGGAGGAGGAGGAGGAGGGGAAAUUGCUGACACGGAGGGGAACGGGGUCGGUAGCUGGAUUGUCAAUGGAAACACAAGGCACAGCUGCCAUGAAAUACCCGUCAGUGGAGAGAGUGCGGUCGUGUGAGGGAGUGGCAGAGGACGACAUUGUGCUGCGCAAGCUGCUCUCCCCGACGCCCUUCAAGCUCACUCCCAAAACGCUUCCCGCCAACCUCAUCCUCUCGUUCGCACUCGGCCUUUCCGCUGCCAACCUAUCAACACUCGCCACGUCAUUCAGAAAAUUCGUCUUAGAAGGAAGCAGUGGCAGAGUGGCCACAGGGAUGGAAGCACCAACCGGGGGUUGCACUGCAAACGUUCUGCUCACCGGAAGAAGGUCGGCAAGUGGGGCAGCAGCACAUGCCAUCAACCUGCACCAUCAAGCUCAUAAUGUUUUUCUGGAACCCCUUGACCUAUCCCACCCACCCUUUCCAGGCAAGUGGGCAGCAGCGCAUGCCACCAACCUGCGCUAUCGUGCCUUCCACCUCUUCCUGCGCUCGCUGGACUUUGAGGGCACUGUCAUCCUUGCUGACCCUACAGAUGUUCUCUUUCUCGCCAACCCGUUUCCUACACUCAAUGACAUGGCUCGACCACAUACCCAACACAUGGCAUCCGUUUCCUGCCUCCAGAGCACAAGCGCCUUGCGGCAUGUUACGGCACCCGCCUGGCAUUCUCGCUCGCAAACUCACGAAUAA